GUUCCAGUCAUCUGACCUUAGCAUUAAGGAACAAAAUAGGAUUUUUAAAAUGGACAAUUUUCCGUUUUCUUGUGACACGUUUGUAGCCUUACCACCCAAUACUGAAAAUGGAUGCGUUAUUUUUGGCAAGAAUUCGGAUAGACCUUCUUCUGAAGUUCAAGAAGUAAUAUAUGUUCCGUCUGCAGAUCACGAUGAAGGCGCUAAACUAUCAUGCACAUAUAUAAGUAUAGAGCAAAUCUCUCAUACCUUUUCUGUUAUUCUAAGCAAACCUGCUUGGAUGUGGGGGGCGGAAAUGGGCGCAAACGAGUUUGGUGUUUGUAUUGGAAAUGAGGCAAUAUUCACAAAACAUUUUCAUGCUGAAAAUGAUUUAAAGAAACGCCUCCUUGGUAUGGAUUUAGUACGACUCGGUUUGGAACGAUCUAAGACAGCGGAACAAGCUUUACAAGUCAUUAUUGACCUUCUGGAUAAAUAUGGUCAAGGUGGUCCUUGCUUUGAAGACCCUUCUAGACGAUCACUCACUUAUUUCAACAGUUUUCUAAUUGCCGAUCCAAAAGAAGCCUUUAUUCUUGAGACGAGCGGGAAACAUUGGGCAACUUUUCAAGUUAAAAGUGGAACAAGAAAUAUAUCUAAUCUCUUAACCAUAACAGUGGAUAUUUACUCACACUCCGAAAAUUUGAAAGAUGAGGCUUUGAAAUAUGGCUGGUGGAAGCCAAAUACCCCAUUUAAUUUUGCAGAGUGCUACAAUUUAACACCUCCGUCAGGUGCUUCAGCUUCAGUUACAACUGCAAGUCAAGUAUCAGUAUUGAAAAGAAAUGACCAGGGCCAGCUAGAGUGUACUCAUUACUUUACAGCCACACCGAAUCCUUUGUUAUCUGUAUUUAAACCUUUUACUUUUGGCCCCAAUGUAGAUAUUGGUUCCAAAACAAGGUCUCCUCCCGUUACAGAAGUAUUUAACGAUGAAGUACCAGAUAGACGACACGAAUUAUAUGCUAUUCACUCAAAAUUAAAGCCACUUCCUGACGAUUCCUCAGCAAGAGUAAAUAUAGACGUCGACGUUAUGUCGAACCAAAUCCGAUUGGAGAGAGAAUUAUUGACUUUAAACUGGCCGCUGUCUAACGUUGUUUUUAGAGAAGCAGUGGACAUUGAAUUAUCAAUUUAUGAAUGUAUUACUUCUGAAGAUGAGUCUGUCCGCUCGUCUAUUUCUAAUAUAAUGCAAAAGGCUAACCACUUAUCACUAAAUUAUUAA